AAGACCUGUUUUAUUGUCAAUAUUGUUUGCGAGGUGGAGGUUUUGUUUUGUGUGGAGCCGGCCGUCAGGCACGGGGCUGCCCGCGUAUAGAGUGAGGCCCCAGACAUGCCAACCGGGCAGAAGCCGCGGAGCGGUAGCAGCGGCGGGGAGGGACAGUCGCUCGGUGUGGGCCGUGAGGAGAGGUCGCUCGCCGCUGCCACACACUUCAGCCUGGGCUGCGCCAUGGAGAAUGACAUCCUUGACUCGCUGGAGGAUCUGGGAUACAAGGGUCCGCUACUGGACGAUGGAGCUCUCAGUUUGGCAGCUGUUGGUGGGGCAGCUUCUCCAGAAUACACUAAACUAUGUGCCUGGCUUGUAACAGAACUGAAAGCUUUCUACAAGCUGAUAGAAAAUGUCAAUGCAACAGCCAGCCCCACAGAAGCUGAAGAGUUUCAGCUGGAGAUGAGCGGUUUAUUGGCUGAGAUGAAUUGUCCUUAUUCUGUUCUAACCACUGGUGAUGUCACAAAACGCCUCCUCAACAAAAAUAAUUGCCUCUUGCUGCUCACUUACCUGAUUUCUGAGCUUGAAUCUUCACGAAUGCUUGGUGUGAACAACCCGCCAAAGAAGCAGCCAGAUAAAACCAGCCAGUCGUUCGUGGAACUGAAAUCCAUAUGUAUUACUCUGGGUAUGUCCAAGCCCCCAGAUAACAUCACCAUGUUCCAGUUCUUCAGUGGGAUUGAGAAAAAGCUUAAAGAAUCUCUGUCAAAGGUGCCCCGAAAUCAUGUUGGAAAACCUCUGGUGAAGAAAGCACUUGGACCACUUCACUGGGAAAAAUUAGAAGCUAUUAAUCAGAUCCUGGUUAACGAAUAUGAAAUUCGACGAAAGAUGUUGCUGAAGCGAAUGGAUGUAACCAUACAAUCGUUUGGCUGGUCUGAUCGUGCUAAGAGCCAAACUGAAAAAUUGGCCAAAAUCUACCAGCCCAAGCGUGCAGCUUUGAGUUCAAGAAGCACCAUUUGUGUGGCACAUCUGCUAGCUGCUCGCGAGGACCUGUCCAAGAUUAUGCGAACCAGCAGUGGCUCAAUCAGAGAGAAGACUGCAUGUGCUGUUAAUAAGGUACUUAUGGGAAGAGUGCCAGACCGGGGCGGCAGGCCAAAUGAAAUUGAACCCCCUCCACCAGAGAUGCCACCAUGGCAGAAGAGACCAGACAAUGUCCAGUCCAGCAGUGGACGUGGAAGAGGCGGAUAUGACCAGGGCUCUUAUGGAGGAGGUGGAAGAGGCGGAUAUGACCAGGGCUCUUAUGGAGGAGGCUCUUAUGGAGGAGGUGGAAGAAGCGGAUAUGACCAAAGCUCUUAUGGAGGAGGUGGAAGAGGUGGAUAUGACCACGGCUCUUAUGGAGGAGGUGGAAGAGGCGGAUAUGACCAAGGCGGGCGAGGUGGGGGCCGUGGUGGAUAUGAUAGGACAGAACAAGGAGGACGUGGCGGAGGCAGAGGAAAAAUUCAAGGUGGAUGGUCAGACGGAAGUGGCGGUCAUCAAGAUUCUAGCUAUCAAGGGGGGCAUGGUGGUUACCAUAGUGGUGGUUACCACAGUGGUAGCUACCAAAGCAGUGCUGGCAGUUACCAAGGAGGUGGCUACCAUGGAGGUGGUGGAAGCUAUCAAGGGGGUGGCUAUCAAGGGGGCAGCUACCAAGGAGGCAGCUACCAAGGACAUCAAGACAACAGAAAUCAAGAUAGCAGCCAUGAACAGGGUGGAGGACGAGGUGCAGGACGUGGAGGUCGUGGUCGUGGGGGUCGUGGAGGGCGUGGGGGACAAGGUGCUGGGUGGGUCAACAGAGGUGGACUAAACUACAACCAGGGAGGACAGUUUGAGCAAUAUUUCCAGCAUGGUGGCCAACAGUACAAUCCUUCUGGUUUCUAUCAAGGUAGGCAGUAUUCUAGCUAAUAAUUCAUAGCUUUGACUAUUGGCUUCUUCCUACAAGAGUCACAGACUCAGCCAUAAAUAGUUACCAACUGUCGAAUGCCUCUAAAAUCCAAUACCUUGUAUUGAAUCAGCAGUGUUGCAGAUUUAUUUGUUAAACAAUGGAAAGCAGAAAUACCUGCUUUCAGCAGGAGUGAAGGCUUGUGAUUCUAAACCUUUGUUUUGAUGUCCCAUCCCCACUCUUCAAAAAAUGGGUUUUAGGCUUAAAACUGUACUUGAGCGCAGCAAAAAAAAACCCUGCUUCUCUGCAUGUGUAACUGUCAUUGACAAGAUUAAAACUCUUUUUAUUUUGUUGAAAGUGCACUACAGACCAAACAUGUAAGCCCCAACUGAGCCUGGAAGCCUCCUUUUCAAAUAGACUGGCGCUUUCAACAAAAACAUUUGCAGAGCUUACAUUUCUCUUCUGUCCUCGAGAUUAAGCCAAAUGGUAACUUCCUGCUGGCUGUUAAUUGUACAUAACUGUAAACUUCACAAGCAGAGUGAAUGACCAGUGUGAAAGAUAAGCAAUUAAGUAUCCCUGUGCUGUUUUGCUGUUUGGAAUUAGUGGAUUUUAGUUGAACAGAGUUAAUGGAUGAGGGGGAAGAGUCCUUUGGGUAUCAAAAGAGGAUUUCAGUACCAAUCUUUUAUUUAAAGUGUGUAAGAAAGUGUGUGUAUGCAUAUUAGCAUUUUUACCCAAACACUGAAUUGAGAAAUUGUUGUUUGGGUGACACCCAUGGUUUUUUGUGUAUUUCUAACUUAUAAUGUUUGAGAAGUUUACUGUAUGUCAUCCCUUUUGCAAAUGUGUGUAGUUUGAAAGCUGCAAAGGAUAUUUGGCACAGAAAGGGCUAAUGUGUAGGUUUAACUAAUUCAGCCUUAAAUUAUGCACAAUGCCUAUAAUUCUACAGACAAGUGAAAAUAUUGGCCAAGAAUGGCUGAUUGUAUUUGUAAAAUACAAAUUGUUUUUGUUCCCAUUGAAAUAUUGGCAAGGGCCUGAUCACAUAUGGCACACUUCAUUAUUUGGAAGUUGAGGCAGUUGCUGAAUAUUAACCCAUGGUCAAAGAGCUGGAAAUAAAAGCAAAUGUGAAACAAGUUAUCCUAUAUACACAUCCUUGUGUUGUGAUUUAAUUAUUGAUUUCUUUUCAGUUUGAGCAAAACGUGACAGUUAACAUAGUUUUUCUGUUGAAAUUUUUAAUUGAUCUGCCAGCAUUGAAGUCACUGUAGCCCUCUGAGAAUGUAACUUUUAAAGACAUUGUAUUCUGGAUAGGUUGUACUACAGCUGGGUAGUAGGAUUUUUGCCGUUUUUGGCACUUGGUGCACACUAGAGGUCACUGUGUUGUAAACUGAGAGUAACAGCUGUUGGUCAACAGGAGCUGAUAGCUAACUGGUGCUAUUCUUGUCAGGAAGUAUUUUUGAUCUGUUGUUCUCUCAUCCAGUUACUGUGUCUUAUUUCAAAGAAACUGUUGCCAAAGACUUCUAUCUUGCUCAUUAACUGGUUGUCUUUGGCUGAAACUGCUGAUCAGAUCCCUCCGGUUCAUCUGUAGGGACCAAAAACACGGGCAAAGCAUUUGUCAGCAACUAGAAUCAUCUUUUGUUUGUCCUAUUUGUAUGUAAUAUAAAGUGCUUUCUCUUUUUUUUUAAAAAAAAAAAUUAAAUUGAGGAUUUAGCACUAAUUUGUCCAAAAAUGGUGGGGCAGAAUAUAAACUGAAGUUAUUUAAAUCAGCAGUGUAUACACUGUACAUUCUGUUCUCAAAAAGGCUUGAAAAUCUAAGCUGCAUUUAAGUCUAAAGAUUGCCUGUUAAGAUUUUCUUGUUAAGACUCUGGCUUUUUUCAGGGAUUGAUGCAAUGUUUUGACUGUGGGUAGAGAGAUCCCGCUUGGCCCAUAAAACAUAGCUGAUUCUUUAAUGCAGUGGAACCUAAUGUAGUACAGAUAAUUAAAUAAAUUUUUGUUAUUUAA